GGGUGGGGCUGGCAUGCUUUGCAGUUAGCAGCAUUUGUGAUAACUUUUCUUUGCUAGAUGUUGCUUAGUUGCCAUGGCAGACUCAAAAUAAUAGUUAGCAACUAAGCAAGUACUAAAUAUAGCCAGAGAUGAAGAAUCAGUGAAGAAGAUGGCUUACUUUGAAAUACUGCUCCUUGCAUCCAUUCUUUGUGGAGCACAAGCACAAAGUUCUGGUUUGGGAUUUGCAUCAGGAGUUUCAGGGUCUGAAUUGGACAUUAUAUCAGGAUCUGGGCUUGGCUCAGGCAUAGCUUCAGGAUCAGGAGAUCUUGAUGACUCCCUUUCCAUGAGUGUAGAGCCGUCAGCUAUAACUACGGAAACAGUUUAUACCUUGACACUAACUCCAGCAAUGCUGACACCAACUCCAAGUAGAGGAGGUAACUUAUUAAUACCGUUUCCAUCAAUAUCUGAGCUUUAUGUGAGCUCAAGCCCUACCAUAUUGAGAGUAUUUGCUACAACAUCAAAUACUGAAGUUGGAAGUGGGGAAAGUGAAGUGUUUUCAGCUCCCACGUCCUCGAUCAUCGAUACUUUCUCAUCUAAUUUGUUGCCACUCACAACAACAUCAAUCUCGACGGUUCAAACAGCCUCGUUUAGUCAAACACUACCAACUCCUUCGCGUAGUUCAGUACUAUCUACACCAUUAGCGAGUCAAGAAUCUACUUCUCCAUCUCUACCAGCUACCAUCUCACUUCAGGAGAGUAAUGUUCCAACAAGUACUGACAUUUUGUUUAUUCUUGAACCAACUCCAUCGAUAACUCCAAGCCCGUCCGCCCCAAGUGAACUCUUUGUUUCAGAGACAGUCGUGUUUUUCGAAUCUACCGAUUUGUUUUCUCCUGAAUUGACUACACCAUUAUUACUGGGCUCCCCUGUAUUAACCACUAUGACAAGGACAUUGUCAAACACUUUGCGGACCACAGUAAUGCCUACAAUUACAUUACUUUCAGUGACACCCACAUCACUACUUACACAGUCUCCACUUAUCACACUGUCACAGUUGCCCACACCGUUAUUUGGAAUUUCAUCGUUAUUACAAUCUACUCAGCUUUCGUCCAUCACACCCACACCCACACCAGUGCCCACACCGCCCCCUACACCCUCACAACCAUCCACGCAAGUACCCCCUACUAUUACUCCAUCCCAACCGCAAGUACCUUCAUCAUCUCUGUUACCGACGGAUAUUUCAAGCUCCCUCGAUGUGUUCCUCGUGGACUCUGAUUCUAUUCUAUUUCCCAUUGCAACCUCUGAACUGCUAACGGCCCCUUCACUUGUACUGACUAGUGGGCCAGGAUCUGUUGUACCACCAUCAUCAGAUAUUCUCGUUCUUGAAUCAUCUCAAAUGCUCCUGGUACCUGAUAUGUCAACAGUGACUUCUUCACCAAUAGUUACAAGUUCAAUUACCUCUUCAAACCCUUCGCCACCAAUAUCUUCGUUCAGAUCUAUGACAGAGAGUAUAUCUUUACCAGUCCUCACAUCUACUGCAAGUGCAAUUUCUAGUCCUGUGCAACCGGCCCCAUCAAGUUCUGUCAUUAUCCCUUCGUCAUCACUAACUCUGCUGACCACAAUGGUCAGUUCACUAUUGUCCACCUCUGUCAGUAACUCUUCUCCCGUAUUAACUUCGAACACACUAAUAGUCGCUCCUUUCAGUACUAGUUUCUCUUUGGAAAGUUCUACGAGCACACAGUUAAGUACCGUUAUAACAGGGACUCCCCUAUCAACCAUCUCACCAACCAUGAGGACUACCGUGUCAACAGAAACCACUCUGUCCUCGGUACAACCAAGCUCAACACGGAUGUCAUUUUCCACUCCAAUACUGCCCACGAUAGUGAGCUCUUCUAAUUCAAUUGUGACAAGCUCUUCACUGUUAACUUCACUAUUCCUACCUAGCAUAAAUAUUACUUCACGAAAUGUCAUAACGAGCACUCAAACAAUAACAACAGCAGUCCCAAUAUCGCUGAGCUCUCCGGUAACUCUGUCAAUUUCUCCACCUCUCUCAAUCUCGCCAACUAGUAUCAGUUCUGCACUUUCAUUUUCAAGCUCAAUUGUUGAAUCGACGCAAGUCACCCCCUCAGAUUUCGUUAUUUUAACGCCUGUGAUUAGUUCUUCAAUAUCUCCUGAAACAUCUUCUACAGCAGCAAUUUCUCGUCCAGUAAUAUCCACUUCAUCAGUUGCAAGUUCUUCUCAGCAAAUGUCUAUUUCACCAAGCCUGACUAUAACCAUAUUAUCACCUUUGAGUUUGAGUUCAUCUCAGAGCGAGCAGACAUCUUCUACUACUAGCAUUACCUCAUCUAUGACGGUUGAAAGUUCGAGUGUACCAACACAGCUUACACCCACCCCCCUUACAACAUCGAGCCAACCGACCUCUACUACUAGCAUUACCUCAUCUAUGACAGUUGAAAGCUCGAGUGUACCAACACAGCUUACACCCACCCCCCUUACAACAUCGAGCCAACCGACUUUUACUACUAGCAUUACCUCAUCUAUAGUGGUUGAAAGCUCAAGUGUACCAACACAGCUUACACCAACCCCCCUUACAACAUCAAGCCAACCAAGCCAACCGGUAUUAACUCCGUCCACAUCCAUAACAAUGUCAAGUAUUACUAGAGAAACUACCACCGUAUCUUUAAUGAACAGUAUCACUACCAUCUCCUCCAUCACCCCUACUCCUACAACGCGUCAAUCCACUACCACUGUUUUGUUCACCUCCUCCACUAUCGCUCCCUCUUCGUCCCCUACAAUCCAACCAACUCCACUGAGCUGCCCCUCCCUGCUACCCUCCGGAGUGAUUGUACCUGAGUCAUCAUUAGUUGUCAUAGAGCUAGCACUGUCGUCUGAAGUACACGCCUCUCUCCGUGCCCCUGGAGGUGCUUGCGAACUGGAGGAUGCUCUCACUCAAGUGUUUGUGGAUGGACUCCUUGCAGGGAGCACUAAGAGACAAACUGCUCAGUUUGAUGUCGAUGUACUGACUGUUGGUGAUCUAACGGUAGACAGAGCUCCGAUAACAUUCUUUGUGGUCAGUGCAUCUGAGGGAACUGCUCUUCCAGCUGCCACAAUUGUCAAUGCCUUUGCUACUAUUUCACCUCAACGCAUUGACUCGCAUCUAGUGACAAUGGAUGCUACUUCCUUUGUGGACCUAACUACAACAGCACCUUCAACUAUAGAGUCAGUUGUGAUCCCACUGAUUGCUGCCAUAGGAGCAGUGAUAAUCGUGCUCUUGAUUCUCAUUUUUAUUGCAUUCUGUGUUUUCUCAAUCUGUAACUCAAAGAAGAACAAAAUAGUUGCACAAGUAAUUGAGAGAGGAGAACGAACAUUUGCAAAUACCAACGACUUUGAGAGUUAUCACAGACAAAAAGAAAAUGUUGUCACCCUCAGCCACUUAGCUAGACAUGGCUCAACGACGAACUCUGAGGUGUCUCACGAGAACCAGAACCAAUCACAUGACAAUCCUGGGCCAUCGCAUGACAUUAACAGACAUCAUGAUCGAGAGGAGCCCUCACAACUCGUGGAGCCAGUGGCGCACUAUUCCAGUCCACCCCGUGGGAUGAAACUGAGGCAAGGUCGUUCCAUUGUACCAGCCCCCUCGACCGACUCCACCCAACAUUCCCUCACCCCUGACGCCUUCAGGCCGUCCUCUCGCCACGUGACAGAGGCGAGGCAACUGAGAGAGGAAGCACUGAGGCUGCAGGAGGAGAGAGAAGACGAUGACCUGCGGGCUAGGAGAAAGGCAACACUGAAGAGAAUAGUAGCGUCUGAGAGGAAGAGAAGAAGAGGAAAAGUGGCUCCUCUCAGCGACCAAUCAGUGGACACACCACCCCCACAUCACUCUAGAAAAAGGCACCGUUGGUUGCACAGACAAGUCAACAAUCAAAUUGCACCUGCUGAAAAACAUGGCCGCAACCACCGUGGGCGACCUUUGACCCGGGACGGACUUCCAAUAAGUGGGCGUGUCUCUCGUGGGGUUGCCGAGGAAGUGACAAGAGAGUUAGCCUGGCUAAACACAGGCAACGGAGUACAGCUGAUGAGCAUUCAGCCGUUAGCCCCACCCAUUCCCAUGCAACGCACCCCCCUCAGCACACUACCUUCUGUCAACCCUCUGCAUAGUGCUAGCUAUCAGCAGCGACAACUUGACGCAUAUCUAAAGAUUCAUAAAGACAUGGAGAGGUUACGGUUGGAUGGAGCGGCCACACCCACUUCAGCUACGCCUCCUAUCGCUGAGACUAGUCAGCAACCAGUUACUCCACAGGGCACACUCAGACCAGUAUCAGUUGCCUGGCAGCCACAGGACACACCGGCUGUGCUAACCCCUGCCACUGUACCCUACCCCACAAUACAAAGAGAACCCAGUCAGGUGGGUCAACUAGUAUGGAGUCCGCAGAGUGGGGCAAAUUCUCAAUCACAAAUGGUCACACCGAGACAGCUAGCACAAGCAAGACAAGCUCCAGGAACUGGUCUCCACGAUUACAGUCAUAUGACUUCAACUCCCGCUCCUUUCUAUACACCUGUUUAUCAGUGAUACAAUUUUUUUAAUUAAAGUAUUUUUG